AUGUCACACCCCAAGGGGCCUGAACAACGGCUUCAAGGUAAGGCACAGCAAGUCUACCGCGAGACUACCAGAGGCAUCGCACCCAAGAUUCAGAACGACAUUUUUAGACCUUUUGAACCUGAAGACAACAAGGACGAGCUCUCGAUAUUCAGUGGUCUCACACAAGGUGGUGACACUGCAUAUUCUUCGCAAGCUUCGUCGGAGUCACCAAAGCAGGCGUUCACGGAUAAUCCUUCAUUUGCUAAUUUUCACCCCAGCUUGGUGAAUCUGUUGAAUGUGUUUGACGGACACAUCCGCCGGGCGCAGCUGCAAAAUGCGCAACGCGCGGAUUUGUUUAGUGGUUUUCCCAUGGCUAUGGACCGUGGGCCGUCGUUACAGCAGCUGCUGCUGCGUCAUCGGCGGGAAUUGGCGCGGCAGAGGUCCCAGCAGCAGCAGGAGAGGGAGAGGCAACAGGUGAAGAGGCAACAGAUUCUUAUGCAGCAACAGGCUCAACAGCAGGCACAUCUUCAGCAGCAACAAGAGCUUUUAAGGCAGCAACAACAACUGCAACAACAGCAGGAGGAGGAACUUCGACGCCGGGAGCAGCUUCAGCAACAGCAAAGACAAGAGCAGUAUCGUUUGCAAGUGGAGGAGCAGCAACGACUCUUACAGCAGCAGCAAUUGCAACAACAGCAUCAACAUGCUGCUCAACAACAGCAUCAUGGCCACCGUGCAGCCUAUGCUCAACCUCCUGGACCAGAUCAUCCGAUGCACGACGUCCCACCACCACCACCACCAGCAGCCAUUCCCACGUCCGUGUCCUCCUCUCAUCAUCUCCGACAACUCUCGCAUUCUCAAUCUCAUCCCAAUCUGCAACUCGCAUACCAUGCAGGCAGCCCCCUACCGUGGGGAAUAGUACCAAUACUGGCCCGGGGCACCGAGUGGGUAUACUAUGGAGGAGCAGCAACCGUAUGGCGCGGGUCCGUCACGGCAGCAGCAGCAGGCGUACCAACCGCACCAACACUAUACCCCUGGAGGUGUUCUUAG